AUGAAUACAUUGGGGCUGGGUUAUGAAAAGAUCGAUGCAUGUCCUAAUGAUUGUUCUCUUUAUUGGGGUAGUGCUGAAAAAAGAACUUCAUGCGAAACAUGUAACGAGCUUAGGUGGGUUGCUUCAGAAAAUGAUCCAACUGGGGAAAAAAGGAAAAUUCCUCAAAAAGUGUUGUGGCAUUUUCCCUUAAAACCUAGAUUACAAAGACUAUUUAUGUCUUCUAAAAUUGCAUCUCAAAUGAGAUGGCAUGAGGAAAAACGUACAAAAGAUGGUUGUAUGAGACAUCCAGCUGAUUCUCUAGCUUGGCAAACUUUUGACCAUCUACAUCCAGAAUUUGCUGAGGAUUGUCGAAAUGUUAGAUUGGGGUUGGCAUUUGACGGGUUUAAUCCAUUCAACAACAUGAGUUCUACACACAGUACUUGGCCUGUGGUUUUAAUACCAUAUAACUUACCUCUGUGGAUGUGUAUGAAGCAACCGUACUUCAUGUUGUCCUUGUUAAUACCCGGACCAUCCUCUCCUGGGAAUAAUAUUGAUGUUUAUCUACAGCCUCUAGUUAAAGAACUGACCAAAUUGUGGGAUUUUGGCAUUCAAACUUAUGAUGCAUCCCAAAAAGAAAAAUUUCAAUUGCAUGCAUCUCUAUUGUGGACCAUUAGUGAUUUCCCAGGAUAUGCAAUGUUAUCUGGGUGGAGCACUAAAGGUGAAUAUGCUUGUCCUAUUUGUCACAAAUUCACUCAUACACGAUGGUUGACUCAUAGUUUCAAAUAUUGCUAUAUGGGUCAUCGUAGAUUCUUAGAUAGUAAGCACAAAUUUAGAAAGCAAGCCCAAUUCUUUGAUGGCACCGAAGAAUAUGGAAAGCGACCACCUUUGCAAACUGGGGAUAUGAUUCUGGACAUUGAGGAUAAAGAAAAGGACUAUUAUAAUUCCCGCCGUGAUUUGAGAGAAAUGCGAAUAAGAAAAGAGCUGCAUCCUAUUGAGACAGAACUUGGAAAGGUGUACUUACCUCCAUCUUCCUUUGCAAUGGAUAAAAAACAGAAAACUAUGUUUUGCAAUGUGCUAAAAAAGCAAUUGAUGCCUAUAGCUUUGAGAAAGACUUUGCCAAAAUCUGUGCGCUAUCCUUUGAUUCGAUUGAGUAGAUACUUCAGGCAGCUUUGUUCUAAAGCUAUUUGUCCUCAAGAUGUGGUUCGUUUGGAAAGUGAAAUUGCCAUUAUACUCUACGAUCUUGAGAAAUGCUUUCCACCAACCUUCUUUGAUGCCAUGAUGCAUUUAGUUGUUCAUUUGGCAACUGAAGUGAAAUUAGGUGGGCCGGUGUAUUAUCGUUGGAUGUAUCCUGUUGAGAGGCCUGAGGGUUCGAUUGCUCAAGGCUACUUGGCAGAAGAAUGCAUUAACUUUUGCUCAUUGUAUCUUGCGGACUAUGUUGAGACAAAAUUCAAUCGUCCAAGCAGAAAUGAAGAAGUAUGUAAGGAAAUUGAAGAUGGUUUAGAUAUAUUCUCUGAAUCAGGACAUCCUUUGGGGAGGGGUAAGCCAACAGUCUUUGAUGCUCAUAUCUUGAGUAAAGCGCAUCAGUAUAUUUUAUUUAACUGUGAUGCUGUCACACCUUACAUAGAGCAGCAUCGUAGAUUGAUAGAAGAAGGACAUCCUCAAGUUCCACAGCAUCUAAAAGAGCACUUGCAUAGCGAAAAUUUUGCUUGUUGGUUUGCUGAACAUAUUGACAAGGUAGAACUUUCUCAAAAUGUUUCGGUGUUGAGAGACUUGAGGUUCCUUGCUAAAGUUCCAGAUGUUGUUGGAAUCCAACAUGACAAGUACAUUGUGAAUGGAUUUUGGUUUCAUACCAACGAAGUUGAGAAGAAAAGAAAAACGCAGAACAGUGGUGUUACAGUCAAUGCAACAACAUCCAGUUUUGCAAGUGUAAGGGAUCAAAAUCCAGUUUUAAGUGAACUAGUUUACUUUGGCGUCUUGAAAAAUAUAAUUGAAUUAAUUUGCGGAGGUCAUCAGGUGGUGUUAUUCAAAUGUGAUUGGAUAUCGAAUGAGGAUCCAACUGAUAAGGAUUGGCAAGUUGUUAUCUCUACCACUACAAGAGCUGGAUAUAACAUGGGCACAACCAUGGAUGUUGAGACAUAUUUGCAAAGUGAUGUAGGCAAUCCUGUUGUUGAGAACGAAAAUGAGGAAAUCAGUUGGGUUCGUGAGGAUGGACUCGGGAUUGAAGUUGAUUUGAGCCAAUAUAAUUUGAUUUAG